AUGAAGUUCACCACUGCUCUGCUGGCUCUGGCCGCCACUGCCCUCGCAACUGAGGAUCACGACUGGGGUAAGGACAAGACCAAGACCAUCGUCACAGAAGUCUUGACCACGUACACGACCGUGUGUCCUGUUACAAUUACGAAGCCCGGCGAACACACCACUCAGUAUGAGACCAUUACGACCACCUCCACCGUCGUGGAGAAGCAUCCCACGACGAUCUAUGAGACCCUUCCUGGGGCCACGGAAGUCGUGACGGAAAUCGACACCGAUUACACCACUUACACCACCUACUGCCCGAUCACGGAGACGAUUGUUGGAGAGGGCACCACAAAGACGGUUGUGUACACUACGCUCAGUACCGUCGUCGAGAAGAAGCCAACCAAGAUCAUCGAGACCGUUCCGGGCCCGACGGCCGUAGUGACGGCCACGGAUGUCGAGCUAACCACCCUCACCAGUCUCUGCCCGGUCACGGAGACUUACACCGAAGGCGGCAAGACCUGGACCAAGACAUACACCACCACGUCCACCAUCGUGACUCACGUUCCUACCAAGGUCUGGCAGACCGAGAAGCUCCCUGACGUCACCAAGACGGAAAAGGACGUUGAGUACACCACCAUCACUUCUCUCUGCCCUGUGACCGAGACCAAAACCAUCGGUGGAGAGACGGUAGUCGUCACUUACACGUCCACUUCUACCAUCGUGACGGAGGUUCCCACCAAAGUGGACAUCUGGACGACCGUAAAGACCACUCAGCAUCUUUCUACGGAAGUCUACGAGACCAUUACAAAACCCGUCACGACUUAUCAGACCCUCGAACACGGAGAGACGAUUUGGGUCACCGCCACGGGCACUAAGACCAUUACCGUCGAGAAGGUCCACACCCUCACGGAAGUCAUCGUCGAGACCAAAACGGCACACGUCGAGGUCACUCAGGCCGUGACCGUGGGAGGCGAGAGUGUCGUGACGCAGAAGUCAUGGGUCUACGUCACCGUAUCGGGAACCGUGUUCGCUACGCAGACCCGUCCCGCCAGCACUCUCGUCGUUCCUACGACCAGCGCUGUGACCCUUCCCCCGGUCACGGUAUCGAGCCAAGCUCCGGUGGUCGUGCCGACCGCUGCCGCCGACGCCCACAGAGCGCCGGGGGCCGCCUUGCUGGCUGGCCUUGUCGGAGCUGUCGCGCUCCUCUAG